UCCCGGCGUCCUCUCCGAAGGCGGAAAAGCGAGGAGGAGGAGCGCAGCGCGUCCGUGCCACCAGCCGACGGGGCGGCUGCUGGCCUCCAGGGCAGGGUCUCCCCCGAGCCGUGCGCCAUGGCGUCGGAGGGGCCGCGGGAGCCCGCGGGCGAGGGCAUCAAGUUGUCAGCAGAUGUCAAACCGUUUGUCCCCAAAUUUGCUGGGCUCAAUGUGGUGUGGUCAGAGUCUUCGGAAGCUCGUGUGUUCCCUAGCUGUGCAGCCCCGUAUUAUCCGUGUGCUCAGGAGCUGCCGGGGCCUGAGCAGAAACUCUAUACUGAAGAUGUGGCCUUUGGAGCUUCAGCUUUUCCACCUCAGUAUCUGUCCUCUGAGCUCGCUGUCCAUCCGUGCAGCUACUCUCCUUACCCCGUGGAGUCUACACCGCGCGUGUGCCCGGUGCCCGGUGCCCCGUAUGCUUACGGCCACCCCGGCUGUUACCGAGCAUUUCAGACCGUGAAGCCACGGAGCGAGCAGAAAAAAACGUAUGAUGAACAAAAGUUUGAUAGCAAGAAGGCUGACGGAUCUCUGCCAUCUGAUCUAAAAUCAGGUAGAGGCUCACAUCCUACUUACAUUCUCGCAGAUGCUAAUUUGAAAUCGGAUGGUUAUCACAGACGAACGGACAGGAAAUCCAGAAUCAUCGAGAAAAGUGCAUCUGCCUCCAAACCAGAGUUUGAAUUUACCAGGAUGGAUUUUCCUGAACUGCAGGGUCCAGAGAACAGGGAGAUCGCAGAGACACGGAAGCAGCCCCGGUGGGGGCCUCUGCGCUCCGCCUCAGCUGACCUCUCUCUCCUGGGAGAGGUGGGGGAACCCGCCGCGGGGACAGCAGAGAUUUUAAGAACGGCAGGGGACGCCGUAUUUAGAAAUGAAGCGAUUGCUUUCACUUUGCAACAGCAGGAAAAUGCCGGUUUGCCUUUUAGGGUGAAGGAGCGGCGAGAAGCCCGAGCGCGGCCGAGUCCGUGGCCGCCGGCGCCACAGCCGGGCCCUCCUCGUGCGCCAGAGACAUUAUCUACAGAACGGCCACCGGCCCCUAAAAACGUUACUUCCAUGAUAAACCUAAAGACGGUUGCUUCAUCAGCAGACCCCAAAAGCGCUAGUAUGUCACCCUCGGAAGUUUUCUCUGCGGACCCUUCCUGCAAAGAGAAACACGUCCACCCUACUAAAAAGUCCAAAGCGUCACAAGGUGGCGAUCCUGAGCAAAAUGAAGCCUCAAGAAAGCAUAAGAAAAAGAAAGAAAAGUCUAAGUCGAAAUACGAAGUUUUGACCAUUCAAGAGCCGCCAAGGAUUGAAGACGCCGAGGACUUUCCCAGCCUGGCUGCGGCGUCUGAGCGCAGGGACCGAGGGGCAUCUCCGCGACUUCAAUCCAGACAGCAGCCACAGAAUAAUUUUAAAAACAGUGGAAAGAAGAGCCAGGUUCCAGUACAGCUGGAUUUGGGGGGGAUGCUGGCAGCCUUGGAAAAGAAGCAGCACGCCCAGAGCGCAAGAGCGUCCUCCAAGCCGGUGGUGUUCUCGGUUGGGGCGGUGCCGGUUCUCUCCAGAGACCCCGUGUCGGGGAAGAAGGGCCACUUCAGCCAGGUGAAGACCCCACACAACCCCUUGGACUCCAGCGCCCCGCUGAUGAAGAAGGGGAAGCAGAGGGAGGUCCCCAAAGCCAAGAAGCCGACGUCGUUGAAGAAGAUUAUUUUGAAAGAACGGCAGGAGAGAAAGCAGCAGCGUCUCCAAGAAAACACCAUGAGCCCGGCUCCCGCCAGUGACGCCGCGCUGGACGGAGAGAGUGGUGGCGACGAGGCCCUGGAACAGGCCGAGCCCUCAGAGGGGACGGAGGAGUCGGCGGCCCCCGCUCCCACGGGGCAACGCAAGUCAGAAGAGCCGCCGAGAACCGAGCCCCAGAAGGAGGCGGACGGCCUCUGCCUGGUCCCCGACGGCGCUGGCUGCCCCAGGAUCCACAGCCGGAGAUUCCGGGAUUACUGCAGCCAGAUGCUGAGCAAGGAGGUGGACGCCUGCGUCACGGACCUGCUCAGAGAGCUGGUGCGCUUCCAAGACCGGAUGUACCAGAAGGAUCCGGUCAAGGCCAAGACCAAGCGCCGGCUGGUGCUGGGGCUGAGGGAGGUGCUCAAGCACCUGAAGCUCAGGAAGCUGAAGUGCAUCAUCAUCUCCCCCAACUGUGAGAAGAUUCAGUCGAAAGGCGGGCUGGACGAUACCCUGCACACCAUCAUCGGUUAUGCCUGCGAGCAGAACAUCCCUUUCGUGUUCGCUCUCAACCGCAAGGCUCUGGGGCGCAGUUUGAACAAGGCCGUCCCUGUCAGCGUGGUGGGCAUCUUCAGCUACGACGGGGCCCAGGACCAGUUCCACAGGAUGGUGGAGCUGACGAUGGCCGCCCGGCAGGCGUACAAGACCAUGCUGGAGAACGCACGCCAGGAGCUGGCGGGGGAGCCUGGGCCCCCCGCCCCGGGCAGCCCGCCCCCGCAGGGCCCCCCUGCUCCUGCCGCCGGGAGAGACGAGCCGCGCUACAUGGAAAUCUGGAGAGAACACCUGGAAGCCUACAGUCGGGGUGCCCUGGAGCUGGAGGACUCUCUGGAGGCUUCAACCUCGCAGAUGAUGAACCUGAACUUAUAGGAAGACUCCUCGGGGUGUGUUGUGUAUUUGGGGUGAGGAAGGGGGGGUGUGGAAGACUCUGGGGCCUUCUUCACAGUUCUUCUUGGCCUCAUGUAUUCUGUGUGGCUGUUCGAUUGGGAGGCGAAUCCGAGAUGUGCAUCCCGGGGACGGGCGUUCGGGUGUGCUGGCGGGAACCUUUCCAAAAAUUCUGAAGUCGUGGCUUUGGGUCUCUGAGCACGUGGAGUCUGGAAAGGACUGGACCGUGUGUGCUGCUCGGAGUUCUUUGCCGUGAAGGAACCGCCUCCGAUGUGGCAGAGCUGAGCUACGUUCGUUUGUGGAAAGAGCCGCGGGGUCACGGCCGGGCCGCUGCUCUUGGCCACUGCUCUUGGCCGCUGACCCAGCAGGGCCGAAAAGCAGUAGCCGGGCGGGGCGGGGCCGCUUUUGAGGCAGGGGACUUGCUGGGGACCUGGCUUUCUGGCUGGAAGAUGUGGGGAUACUUGGAGGAUUUGCUAAAAUGAGCCUCAGAGGGAAAAUUGGUUCUUUAAUCUGUGACCUCUUGAUAUGGAUUAUUCCUUUUUGUCUUUAUUUUUCAAAGAAGCGAUGUAUAUUGAAGUUCCUAAAUUUCAGUUUUGAUAAUCUACAAAUCCUUUCUUUCUCUCGUAAACGAACGUAUUGUGACUGUGGUUUCUGUCUGGGAGGCCAGCAGGAUGUUGCCCGCAUGCUCUCCUGUAGGAGGGCGUAUUUAUUUGGAAUAAAGACCGAUGAUUUGAGAGCCUUGCA